AAUUUAUCCUAAAUUCUGUAAUCAAAUCCCCAAUCUCUCACUUCGAAUCACACAAUACCAAAUUCCACUUUACCGCCACCGCCGACGUAACCUCGCCGUUUUAGCUUAAUUUCAACGGUGUUCGUGAAAUUUUCUGAGCUAACAGCGUAUAGACGAGAGGAGAGAGAAGCUCCGAUAAAAAACACAGAAGAAAUGGCCGAGAAAUUAGCUCCUGAGAAAAGCCACAGCUACAUUCAGAAUGGGCAAAAGGUGUUCGACUGGGAUCAGACGCUGGAAGAGGUGAAUAUGUACAUUGAGCUUCCACCUAAUGUUCCGAAGAAGUUAUUUCACUGCAAAAUUGAUUCCAAGCAUGUUGAAGUUGGGAUCAAAGGGAAUACGCCCUAUCUUAAUCACGACCUUGCCUUCCCGGUGAAGACGGAUUGUUCCUUUUGGACUCUUGAGGACAAUAUAAUGCACAUAACCUUGCAUAAGAGGGACAAAGGUCAGACAUGGUCUUCACCUAUAAUGGGCCAAGCCCAGUUGGAUCCAUAUGCUGCUGAUCUCGAACAGAGGCGUCUCAUGCUUCAACGAUUUCAAGAAGAGAACCCGGGCUUUGACUUCUCGCAAGCUCAGUUCACUGGGAAUUGCCCUGACCCAAAGACCUUCAUGGGCGGGAUCCGUUCUGGUUGAUGCUCAUCGGUCUCAAAUUCUGUAUAUGUAGCAUAAUCCUUAUCUGGACACAAUCUCAUUCCCUCUCACACCCAUUGUUCUUGACUUCUUCUCAGAUCUGUGUUCGAAGUUAUAUAUUUACUGUGCUGUAGCAAUGCUUACGAUCGAAGAUCUGUAUAAGCACUUGUUAAGUUCCCAAAUAAAAGCAUUGUUCCUCUCUUUCCAUA